GCCUGAUCUGUCAGUCCGAUCCAUGGAGACGGAAUAAACCCCGAGCGUUUGACAGAAGGAGAAAUGAAUAAAGAAAUCAAUUCGGAUUCUUUGACAUUGGCGCACUAACCGAGAGGAACCUGGCGCUGUUUAGAUGUGCGGAUGGAAAUGAGAGAGCUGAAAUGUCACGCCCGAGGUGCUGCCAGGAUCAUGAUAAUGAUGAUGAUGGACUGUGAAGGAUCUAAGCAACUAUUCAUGGGAAUAUAUGGAUCAGAAACCAGGCAUUAUAUGGAUUUUAGGAUAAGGAGGUCAUUUGUGGAGUACAUUUAAAAUAAGACAGUCGCUAUUAUUAUUAUUAUUGUUAUUAUUAUUAUUAUUAUUAUUAUUAUUACUGAGAUAAUGAAGGAAUUUAGCGAGCUGUUUUACUGGAUCUAAUCACGGGCUCUUAUCAUAUUUCAUCGGUACUUGUAACGUUAUAAUAUAUCGCAGCGACUAUAUUCUGUAUCAGGCCUGUCGGCGCACCUGUAUGUACGACUGCGUUAUUAUAUUUCCUUUAGAAAUUACUGCGACAAUCGUACCAUUGCAGCAGCAGCAGCAGCAGCAGCAGGGUAUCUGGGUAUCUGGGUAUACAUGCAUCUAUGCAUUUUAAUCCUAUGCAAGAUUAACAAGUUGGGUACAGUGGGUGCUGGGCCAUGAUGAUUGCAUGGCUUCAUUAUGGACCUGUUGCCAGUUCAUAUAUACUACACAGGUAAAUGAAUUACAGGACAGGUAUGUAAACAUAGGUGCCAGGCAAAUUUCAACCAAUCAGCACAAGGUGGCAUUCUAAACAUAUGUUUUUUGGGGGUGUGGCUUUGAAGGAAACAUGAAAGGGAAGGUCUAUAGCGUUAUCCUUCUUAGAAAUUACAGACUUUCCAUUUAAUGAUCAGGCUCAUAUGUACAUUUAUUUUAGAUUGUGGAUCUGACCCAUCUUCAUUGGACUUCAUUGGACUGCUUAAUUUCUGGGAUAGAACCCUGGGGAUUACUUUGAGUGCCCAGUGUGAGGUACAAGAUUAUAUGUCCAACUCCCACACCGCUGACUAGCGGGCUCAGAAAUGGACCCGUAUUCAAGACUGAGUGGUAUGGGUAGUGGGGGUGGAGGCAAUGCUGCCCCACUACCCUGCACUGGAUGUGGAGGUUCGUGUGGGUCACCAGCUUCCUCCACAAACACAAAUCAGACUUCCUGUCUUACUCAUACAGAGAAUGGCAGCAGCUGGAACUCGAGCACUAUCUCCCCUCUGGUUAACUCACCUGAUUCCCAAAUCCACCAGCAUCACGGAGCAUCCAACACUUACUGGACAGCUGUGUUUGACUAUGAAGCAGCGGCAGAGGAGGAGCUCACCCUGAGGCGUGGUGACCUUCUGGAGGUGCUUUCAAAGGACUCUAAGGUUUCCGGAGAUGAAGGAUGGUGGACUGGAAAGAUCAAGGACAAAGUGGGUAUCUUCCCAAGCAACUAUGUGACUCGGAGCGAUACCACUCUACCCCCUGGAGGUGUGCUGGUAGGUGGUCCAUUAGAGAUCGACUUCUCGGAGCUGUACUUGGAUGAGGUGAUUGGAGCAGGAGGCUUUGGGAAGGUGUAUAAAGGUGUAUGGAGGGAUGAGGAGGUGGCUGUCAAAGCGGCCCGCCAGGACCCAGAUGAGGACAUUAGCGAUACGGCGGAGAGUGUAAGGCAAGAGGCCCGACUUUUCUGGAUGCUCAGGCAUCCCAACAUCAUUGCCCUGAAGGGUGUCUGCCUCAAGGAACCCAACCUCUGCUUGGUGAUGGAGUACGCCAGGGGUGGGGCACUAAAUCGAGCACUGGCAGGGAAGAAGGUUCCUCCAAGGGUACUGGUUAACUGGGCAGUGCAGAUUGCUACAGGCAUGGACUACCUGCACAACCAGACCUUUGUGCCUGUGAUCCAUCGGGACCUGAAGUCCAGUAACAUUUUAAUACUGGAACCUUUAGAGUGGGAUGAUCCGAGUGGUAAGACACUAAAGAUUACAGACUUUGGACUGGCACGGGAGUGGCACCGCACCACUAAGAUGAGUGCAGCAGGCACUUAUGCCUGGAUGGCUCCUGAGGUCAUCAAGCUAUCUCGCUUUUCCAAGAGCAGUGACGUGUGGAGUUUUGGGGUGCUGCUGUGGGAGCUGCUGACUAGUGAGGUGCCAUAUCGUGAGAUUGACGCCCUGGCUGUAGCCUAUGGAGUUGCCGUGAAUAAACUGACCCUCCCUAUCCCCUCCACCUGCCCUGAGGCCUUUGCCCAGCUGCUGGAAGAGUGUUGGAGCCCAAAUCCGCACAGCCGUCCCUCUUUUAGUUGUAUACUCCAAAGGCUGCUGGCUAUCGAACAGUCCUCCAUGUUCCAGAUGCCCCUGGAGUCCUUCCAUUCACUGCAAGAGGACUGGAGAUUGGAGAUCCAGCAGAUGUUUGAUGAACUGAGGGCCAAAGAGAAGGAGCUCCGUUCAUGGGAGGAGGCCCUGGCCCGGGCUGCAGAGGAACAGAAGACCCAGGAGGAGCUGCUGAGGAGGCGAGAGCAGGAGUUAGCCGAACGUGAGAUUGACAUUGUGCAGAGAGAGCUAAACAUCAUCAUCCAUCAGAUGUACCAGGAGAAACCACACGUCAAGAAGCGCAAGGGCAACUUUAAGAAGAGCCGCCUUAAACUGGGCAAAGACGGCAACUGCAUCAGUCUGCCCUCUGAUUUUGAGCAUAAAAUCACAGUUCAAGCUUCUCCCAGUGUGGAUAAAAGAAAAAGUCAGAGCAGUGAGAGCACCACUCCACCAGCCAGCCCCAACGUCAUCCCACGCCUCAGGGCCAUCCGCUUGACGCCAAGUGAUGGCAGGAACACAUGGGGCCGUACAGCUGUGUUUAAGAAGGAGGACCUGGCAGGGACUAAAAAGAAGGGCCGUACCUGGGGUCCCAGCUCUACCCACCAGAAGGAACGUGUUGGAGGAGAAGAAAGGUUAAAAUCACUUGGUGAGGGAAAGGUGUGGUCAUCCAGUGCUCCUAAUUUGGGCAAGUCCCCCAAACACAUCCCUAUAACUGGUGGCUUUUCCAGUCUCAAUGAAAUGGAGGAACAGUCUGAGACAGACGAGCGAUUGAGUCUGGAGAGCAGUAGUAACGGGGCAACAGAAGAUGGGGGCCAAACAGGGACAGCUGUGGGACCUGGUGUGGGUUCCCAGGAUCCUUUGCGGCGCUGCAAUCAGAGGAAAAAGAGUGACAUGGUGCUGCUGGGGUGUGCCUCCUUAUUGGCUGCUGUAGGUUUUGGAUCAGACCUGCUGCAGCUAGGACGAAUGCAGGUCAAUCAAGACGAGCAGGAUGCACGUGAUGACCAGAAGAAGAAGAAGGAGGGUCUGUUCCAGCGAACAGGCCGUUUCCGUCGCAGCACAUCUCCUCCGAGUCGGACACUAUCCCUCUCCUCCCACAACCGGCAUCAUCAUGAACCUGCCCUGCCCUGCCUCGACCCGUCUCCAACCGUUACACUCCUGUCACUCUCCUCUUUCUCUGACUGCAACUCCACCAAAUCCCUGUUGCCCUCAGACCCAGACGAUAUGCUCCCGAGCCCAGCUGCCUCAGGGCCCAGUCCUGCACCAGCUCUAAACCCCUUGCUGGACCUGCGGGCAGAGAGCUUCAAGCGGGAGCCUAAUCAGUCACUCACACCCACUCAUGUUUCUGCCGCCAUGGCUGUGAAUCGCGGGCAUAGACGCACACCGUCGGAUGGAGCCAUCCGACCCCGGACACAGGCGGCGAUGGGACACAGACGCUCACCCUCAGAUGGCAGCAUGCCCAUUCCUCUGACUAAUUCCACAAAUGCAGCUCAUACAGGUUCAUGUGAUACUCUUGAUAUCCCCCGUCUACCAGACCCAUCCACAGUCUACCCUGCAGUGCAUCGUCGUAAACCUCCUCCUCCUCCUCCUCCUCCUCCUCCUGUAGAAUCCCAGACUGGGACACUUGAGCGUCCCAAGACGUUGGAAUUUGCCCCUCGUCCUCGUCCCACCCCAGUCCGGGCACGUCCUGAUCCAUGGAAGCUGUCUUCACUGUCCCGGACUCUCAGUUCAUCCCCUGGAAGCAGCUGUGACAGUCCACUAAACUCUGGGGACAGCGGGGUCAGUGCUGGUGCCACCACCGGCUGCCAGACUCUGCUGGAUAUUGACAUGGAGGGGCAGAGCCAGGACAGUACGGUGCCCCUUUGCGGAGAGCAACACCCACUGUGCGGGGAGAGCUAUUCAUAAAACACACCAAACCAUGGCUUACCAUGGCUUACUGGGUUUGGUCAGCACCUUCCAGAGACAAAAAAUGAGCCACAAAGUCUCAAUGAGACCAAAAUGGAAGAUAUCAACAAAACCAGUGCUACACCAUAACAGGGAGCAGAUGAAAGACAAAUGUCAUUCGGAGGGCUACGUCAUUUUUCAUAAGAAUUGCAGUAAACCACAGUCUCAGCGAUGUAACAGUUUUAUAAGGUCCAUAAAAUAAAGGUCAAUCAUACUGCUUGCAUUAUUUCCCUUA